AUGGCUCAGGAGACUGAAAACUACGACCCCAUUGGAUCCAUCUUAAUCCAGGUUCAUAAAGAUCUUUAUCAAUUAAGGAAUAAAUUAACAAAAUUCCCACUUGAGGGAGAAGGAAAGACUCUAGACAUUCAGAAUCUUGAAACAGCAAUCGAAAGGACAGAAAUGGGGUUAAGAAUUCACAUUGAGAAGUAUUUAAGUGUUGUAAACCAACAUGUGUUAACGACUCCUGUUACUGAUGAGAACUUGUAUUCUCCUGAGGCUUCCAAAUGGUUGCUUCCAGCAGUAAUUGAUCAGAAAUCAUUUAUUUUCCCUCUGGAAUCUGGGGAUAAACUUUGGCGGCCCCAAAAACAGCACAGCUCAAUUCCACAUACCUUUCCAAGAGUAAAGAGAAAGAUAGGGUUGAAUGUAAAAAUCAUGCAGGAUCCUGAAAACAUCCACCACAGAGCUGCUGUAAAUGCGAACUAUGGAAUCAGUUUGCCAUAUAUUAAUCAGAGAAAAGCCUGUGUAAGUAAUGAGUUGUUUUUAUAAGCUCUAAAUUUUUUUAAGAAUUAAAAGUCAUUGAUAAGCAAUGUAAAAUAUAAUGUGGAUUUUAAAGUAAAGAUGUGAUCCUUUUGUCUUUGGAAUUUUGGGAAGGUAAAAUGGAGUGUCUUGCAUUCUGCUUAUAAUUAGAAAUGAUUAAGAAAAUGUAAAUCCAUUUAAAAAGAUCUGUUUGCAGCUCACUCAA